CAGGGCGCUGUCGGCUUUCCGCUUCCUCGACCUGCGAGGCGGCUGGCCGCUGCAAUGUACUCAGCAUGUAUUCCGUUAAUGCAUGGGAGUGUCGUGGAGGCAUCGCACUACAUCCACGACGCUCUUACGGGCAUGGCGCACAUGCACCCGCUGCCGACUGCUCGCCGUGCUCACAAAUGGUUUCUCUGGUGUGAGCCUGGACUACAGUUCGCCCUCCUCGGCCAAGUGCUCCUCUGCUUCUUCGAGCGCCCGGCGUGGUGUGCCACCACAGAGGCGCCAUGCAUCUCCGGCGAGGCCAUCUACCCGCUCUUUGGGCUGCCGAUGCUUUCACGGUGGGAGGCGCUCGCCGUCGAGAGCUUCCUGCUCGGACUGCUCGCCGGUCGCGUCGCGCUCGAGGUGACGUACCUCGGCUUCGACCGCUACAAAAGCUCUCAAUCUCACCGGUUUUCGGGUUCACUCCUCCUACUCGCGAUUGCGGAUUGCAUCGCCUCGGUGCUCACGCCCUGGUCCGCCUUUCGCUUCGCUCCCUACCUCCGCCUCCUCCUCCUCACGCACCACUCGCGCCAGCUCCGAACCCAGCUCGCCACCGUGCGCCGCGUCCUCAAGCCGCUCGCUGGCGUGGGCAUCGUGCUGGUUGCCUUUGUCUGCUUCUGCGCAUGGGUCGGCAUGCUCUUGUAUGGCGGCCACAGCGACGAGGGCUCUCAAAAGCUCCCCAACUUUGGAGAGACGGCGUGGCAGCUCACCAUCCUCUUGACGACCUGCAACUUCCCCGACGUCAUGAUGCCGGCAUACACGUCGUCCCGCUCCGCCAUCCUCUUCUUUGGCGCCUUUCUGCUCAUCGGGACCCUGUUCCUCCUCAACCUCAUCCUCGCGGUCGUGGUCAACGCGCACAAAGAGCAAGUCGAGGCGGUGCAGCAGUCGACGACAGCCUUCCGCGAAAGGUCGCUCCGCCAAGCCUACUUGAUCCUCCAAGCGGGCGGCGCCCGAGGGGGUGAGGCCCCCAUGGCGGAGCUGCAAGCCUUUACGCUGCUGGACGUCUUCCUAGAGCUCAACCACUACAAGGAGAUUGCGCACAUCGACAGCGAGCAGGCGAGGCUCGCCUUCGCAGCGCUGGACCGGUCCGGCGAGGGGAGCAUCUCGCUCGACGAGUUCCUGCACCUCGCGCAAGUGCUCGAGCUCCGGUUUGAGCGAGCCAACCGGUCCACCUGGAUCGGCUCGCGGCUGAGCCGGCUCCUCGCACGGGGCAUCACGCUGCGGCUGGCGGAGGUCGUCCGCUCGGCCGCCUUCGAGAAUGCGAUCGACCUCGCACUGAUUGCGAACGGAGGUGUGCUGCUGAUGGAGCAGUGGGACCUCCUCAGCGGGUCGGAGCACGCGCCUGCCGCCGAGAUCUUCAGUGGCCGGAUCGACUCGUGGUGGAACGUGGCCGAGGUCUUCUUCACGAGCCUCUUCGUCGCGGAGAUGUGCCUCAAGCUGCUCGUGCUCGGCUUCUACGAGUACGUCCGCUCCCUCAAGAACUGCCUGGACGCCUUCGUCAGCCUGACCGCCGUCGUGGUCACGGCUCUGGUGUACCUGCCCAACAGCUUCUCCGACAGCCGCUACAUCCGGUACGUGCUCGCCCUGCGGCUCGUCCGGCUCCUCCGCCUCCUCGGCGUGGUGCCGCAGGUGCGCGCGGUCUCGUCCACCUUUGUGCACAUGCUCCCCGCCGCCUCGGACCUGCUCAAGGUGCUCUGCGCGCUGAUCUUCACCUACGCCGCGCUCGGCGUCUAUCUGUUCGGCGGUCUGGUCCAGAGCGACCCUCCACGCCCCUCGAGCCAGAGCGAUUUCGGCACGCUCGGCUACUACCCAAACAAUUUCAACGAUAUGGGCUCCGCCUGCGUGACAUGCUUCGAGCUCCUGAUCGUGAACAACUGGCAUGUCAUCUGCGAGGGGAUCGUCGAGGCAAGCGGCACCGUCUGGGCACGCCUCUACUUCCUCUCCUUCUACAUCCUGGCGGUGCUCGUGUGUCUCAACAUCUUUGUCGCCUUUGCGAUCGAGUCCUUCGAUCGCGUGAGGUCCGACAUGGAGUCGCCGACUCUCGAGCCCGGCAGCACGCCCGAUUCCCGGACGGUCCAAGCUCUUAUCCGGGGCCGCUCCGCCAGAUUUGACGCCGCGAAGAUCACGGGCACCAGCACCGGAGUCACCGGUGAGUUCAGGGCCGUGGCGCGGAGGGCCAUGCUCAUGGAGGUCUUCUCGCAGGUGGCUCGGCCUGCGGACGAUGGCGAGGUGAGGCGUGCAGCCGCGUCAGGGACUCCGGCCGUAAGUGCCGUCCUCGACCUCCUCGGUUCUCGCGAGCCCAUCGCCGAACGUGCAGAGAGUGCAAAUCCCGGUCAACGAGGCCAGCUCCCGUAAUAAGCUAUCAGGCACAAUGUGUGAGAAGAUGUGCACAUGGCAUGUAUGGGAUAUUAAUAAUUAUCAUAUUCAUUCACCGGGAGAAAAAUAUCUCUGCUAGAUAACGU